AUGAAGAUCACAGUACAUUCAUCGAAGCCCGUGAAGCCGGCGUACGGCGGCGCCGUGUCGGCAGCCGCGGUCACCACCACCACCGCCGACGACGACGUUGUGCCGCUCACCGUGUUUGACAAGGCGAACUUUGACACGUACGUCUCCGUCAUAUACGCCUUCCGCCCGCCGGCUCCGGCCAACGCCGUCCUCGAGGCGGGGCUGGCCAAGGCGCUGGCCGAGUACCGCGAGUGGGCGGGGCGGUUCGGCGUGGAUGGCAACGGCGACCGCGCCAUCGUGCUCAACGACGCCGGCGCGCGGUUCGUCGAGGCGACGGCCGACGUCGCGCUGGACAGCGUCCUGCCGCUCGAGCCGACGCCUCGGGUGACGAGCCUGCACCCCAGCGCCGACGACGGCGCCGAGGAGGUGAUGAUGGUCCAGCUCACGCGGUUCGCCUGCGGGUCCCUCGUCGUGGGUUUCACGGCGCACCACAUGGUGUCCGACGGCCGCGCCACCAGCAACUUCUUCCUCGCGUGGAGCCAGGCCACCCGCGGCGUGGCCAUCCACCCCGUCCCGGUGCACGACCGCGCCUCCUUCUUCGCGCCGCGCGACCCGCCACAGGUGGACUUCGAGCACCGCGGCGUGGAGUUCAAGACUUGCGAUAAGAUCGGCAGGGACGACGACGACGACGACGAUGGCCAUGCCGACAACGACGACGACGUGGUGGUGAUACACAAGGUGCACUUCAGUAGGGAGUUCAUCUCCAAGCUCAAGACGUUCGCGUCGGCCGGUGGGCACCGCUCGUACAGCACCCUGCAGUGCGUGGUGGCGCACCUGUGGCGCUGCAUAACGAUGGCUCGCGGGCUCGACGGGCGGGAGGCCACCAGCGUGAGCAUCGCCGUGGACGGGCGCGCGCGGAUGAGCCCGCCGGUGCCGGACGGCUACACGGGCAACGUCGUGCUUUGGGCACGGCCGACCGCCACCGCGCGGGAGCUGGUGACGGCGCCGCUGCAGCACGCGGUGGGCCUCAUCAACCGGGAGGUGUCCCGGAUCAACGACGGCUACUUCAAGUCGUUCAUCGACUUCGCCAGCUCCGGCGCGGUGGAGGAGGAGCGGCUGGUGUCGUCGGCCGACGCGGCGGAGAUGGUGCUGAGCCCGAACAUCGAGGUGGACAGCUGGCUGCGGAUCCCGUUCUACGAGCUCGACUUCGGCGGCGGCCAGCCGUUCUUGUUCACGCCCAGCUACCUGCCGGUGGAGGGCCUGCUCAUCCUCCUGCCAUCCUUCUCCGGCGACGGGAGCGUCGACGCCUACGUGCCGCUCUUCAGCCACGACAUGGACACCUUCAAGAACUGCUGCUACGUACUCCCUGACCUAAGCUGAUUCCUGCACGUAGCAUUCGACGUUUUUAAAAAGACAAUAUCACCAUAGUUGGGCCCAAUUCCAACGGCCCAGGUCGAUUAGGUGGACUGAGAUGUAUAACUGCCAGAAGCCCAGAAGGGCCUUGAGUUGAGAAUCAAAAAAAUGGACUAGCUGUGUUCAAACAAGUUGAGGAUUUACUGCUGUUUUGGUAUUUGAUACCAAAAUGUGCCCUACCAAAUAUAUGGUAGCUUGAAUGAUAUGGAUUGGAGCCAAAUAAUCGUUAUGA